AUGGAUAUUUCAACUGAAAGCGUUUCAGCUUUGAGACAGUCAUUUGAAGUUAAACUCAAUGAAAAAAACGAAGUGUUUCAUCCUUUGGACCUUGCCAAAAUAAAUAAUUCAGAUGCAUGGCUUCAACGGUUUUUAAUUCAUACUGAAGGUAAUCAAGAAGAAGCUUUAUCCAUGUUAUGGAAUGUAUGUGAAUGGAGAAAAUCAUUUGGUGUUAAUGAAAUGAGUGAAUCAAAUGGUACAGUAAGAAUUGAUUACUUAGAGGAGGGAAUCAUGUAUCCUCAUGGUAUGGAUAUAGAUGGUAAACUUAUGUUCAUUAUUAGAUGCAAAUUGCAUUUUAAAGCUUCUAAAGAUUCUGAGGAAUGUAAAAAGUGCGCUGUGUACUGGUUUGAAAGAAUGGAAAGGUUAACUAAUGGUGAUCAAAUUACAAUAUUUUUUGAUAUGAUGGGUUCUGGUUUAAGUAAUCUUGAUAUGGAAUUUACAAAUUACUUAAUAAAUUUACUUAAAAUGUAUUAUCCAGCCUUUUUAAAUUACAUUAUAAUUUAUGAAAUGCCAUGGGUUUUAAAUGCGGCUUUUAAAAUAAUCAAGACAUGGCUACCAGCCAAGGCUGUUAAAAAAAUUAAAUUCCUAAAUAAAAACAGUUUAAGCGAAUUUGUAUCAAAAGAAUCAAUAAUGGUCAAUUGGGGUGGUGAAGACAAUUACAAGUUUAAUUUUGAACCAGAAACUAAAAAAAUUGAAGAAACCAAGAAAAAGGUUCAUUUUGCAGAAACAAUGGAAGUGAAAAAUGGGUCAGGAGACAUUCGCGAUAUAGUGUAUAUGCCCAAAGAGCUUAAACUGAAAAUAAACCCUAGCGAAGUACUUACAUUUAUUAAAGAUAACAGCAAUGGUUAUAAUGAAUUAAUGGCAAGCCUCACAUUUAUAAAUGAUUACAAAGAUCCAAUUGCGUUCAAAAUAAAAACUACUUGUCUUGUUAAGUAUAAAGUUCGUCCAAGCACAGGUACACUUAUACCUCAAGAAAGUAUAAAAGUGACGUUUGUAUUAAAUGGAAUGUCAAUAAAACAGACUGAUGUAAUGAGAGAUAAAUUUUUAGUACUUGUAAUUCCUGUUAUAGAUACUAAAGAUAUGGCAGAAAUGUGGAAGAUACAAUGGGAAACCAAAGAACAACACAUUUUGAAAUGUAAAAUUUCUAAUGAAAAUGAAACAGUAAAUACCUGGAAUUCUUAUGACCAGAAUCAUAAUAAUGAUCUCGAGGAAAAAGUUAAUAAAUUAAUGAAUAUGGUUACUACUUUAGAAAUUUCGAAUCGUGUCCUUUCCCAACAUAUGCGUUACGUUAAGUAUUCAUUAUAUAUUUUACUAUUAGUGUGUUUGUUUGCAGUUGGAUUUUUGUGGGCUGUAUUUUAUCAUAAAUAG